UCUCUCUCCCUGUUAUUACACAACUUCAUGUUUCUCACUCUCCUUACUUCUACAUCUUUCUCUCUCUACAUUUUUCCAAUGGUGUGUUUAUAUAUAUAGAGAUUCACUUCUUCUAUGUAUACAUGUAUGUAUAGAUUACAAAAACCUGAUUUUGAAGUUUCAAUGAAGAUGGUUAUGGUUAUCGAAGCGAUUAGUGUAUGUAGCUUCUGCGAUUUCUCCUCUUCUUCUGCUGCUGCUGGUGUGUUCUCAACGUCGAAGGAGUGUUGAAGAAGAAAUCUGUUUCGAGGCUUUGUUGUUGUGGAUCUGCUAAAGCAACUAUAGCUGUUGAUUUUUGCUUGAUUUCUGUUUUUAAUGUUUUACAACAUAUGUGCCUAUUCAAGUGAAGAAGAUGGAGAUAUUACCAGAAAAGAAACUGAAUCAGGGAUUAUAAUUAGUUGUUAAUCAAGUUGACUGAAGCAUGUGCACUGGCCCAGAAAGACCCAACCAAUCUGUUACUGAUUCUACAUCUAGUAUGAAGGGUAUUACUAAACUCACAGUUGAGACUGAAGAUUCUUUUUCUAGUUUGCUUGAACUUGCUGCAAACAACGAUCUUGAUGGUUUUAAAAGAUCUGUUGAGCUCGAUGCUUCUGCUAUUGAUGAGGUGGGGCUAUGGUUGGUUAGGAAAAAAGGUGCAAAACAGAUUGUUAACGAGGAAAGGACUCCUUUAAUGGUAGCUGCCACUUAUGGAAGUUUAGAUGUUUUGAAGUUGAUUAUCUCUAACCCUGUCGUUGAUGUUAACCGUGUUUGUGGUCCAAACAAAUGCACUGCUCUUCACUGUGCAACCUCCAGUGGUUCUGUCAAUGCUGUUGAUGCAGUUAAGUUGCUACUAUCAGCUGGUGCUGAUCCUAAUGUUGAGGAUGCUAAUGGCCAGCGGCCAGCUGAUGUGAUCGUUGUUCCACCAAAGCUUCCUGGUGCUAGAGCUUCUCUAGAAGAACUGCUUCUGAACAAUUCAUCUGAUGGCUCAGUUGGUGACUGCAAAUUGAGAGUAUCUGUGGCUACUUCAGAUGCAUCCUCUCCCAUUCUCUCCCCAUCACCAGAAAAUGGAUCUCCUUCAUCAUUGGAGUCCUCAUCUUCCCCUAUGGCAUUGAAGUUCAGUGAUAUCCCUGCAAAUUCUGCACGAGAGAAAAAAGAAUAUCCAAUAGAUCCAUCUCUCCCUGAUAUCCAGAACAGUAUAUAUUCAACAGAUGAGUUCCGCAUGUUCUCUUUUAAGGUCCGUCCAUGUUCUAGGGCCUAUUCACAUGACUGGACGGAGUGCCCAUUUGUCCACCCUGGAGAGAAUGCUCGCAGAAGAGAUCCAAGGAAGUACCACUAUAGCUGUGUGCCUUGUCCUGAAUUUCGCAAGGGGGCCUGCCGGCGUGGUGAUAUGUGUGAAUAUGCUCAUGGGGUGUUUGAGUGCUGGCUACACCCCGCUCAGUAUCGUACCCGUCUGUGCAAGGAUGGUACAAGCUGUGCUAGGCGAAUUUGUUUUUUUGCCCAUACUACUGAGGAGCUUAGGCCCUUGUAUGUCUCCACUGGAUCUGCAGUUCCAUCUCCUAGAUCAGCUGCUUCUGCAGCUAGUGUGAUGGACAUGGCUGCAGCACUGAACCUUUUUCCUGGUUCGCCCUCAGCGCACUCUGUGAUGUCUCCUUCUGCAUUUAACCAACCAAUGUCCCCCAGUGCCAAUGGAAUGUCUCAUUCACCUGCACCAUGGCCUCAACCAAAUGUCCCAACUCUUCAUCUACCUGGAAGCAAUCUGCAGUCUAGCCGUCUGAGGUCUUCCCUUAGUGCACGAGACAUUCCGCCUGAGGAUUUUAACAUGUUGCAGGAUUUUGAUGCCCAACAACUAGUUUUCAAUGACAUGGCUUGCUAUUCACAGCAGCGUCCUAAUUCUGCCUCUUUGAACCGAUCUGGUCGGUCCAAGACACUAACUCCUUCAAAUCUUGAAGAGCUAUUUUCUGCUGAGAUGAACUCUUCUCCACGAUUUUCUGAUCAGGCAGCGGCUUGUGGUGUUUUUUCCCCAUCACACAAGUCGGCUUACUUUAAUCAGUUCCAACAGCAACAGAACAUGCUUUCACCAAUUAAUACUAACGUUUUUUCGCCGAAAAACAUUGAGCACCCUCUUUUGCAGGCUUCUUUUGGUGUUUCCUCACCUGGAAGGAUGUCCCCAAGAAGCAUGGAGCCCAUUUCUCCCAUGAGUGCUCGCCUUUCAGCAUUUGUUCAGCGUGAGAAGCAACAGCAACAGCAACAGCAACAGCUGCGAAGCCUCAGCUCUCGUGAUCUUGGAUCCAAUAAUGUAUCAAUUGUUGGAUCCCCAGUGGGUAAUUCUUGGUCCAACUGGGGGUCUCCCAAUGAGAAGGUUGACUGGUCUGUCAAUGGAAAUGGACUUGGACACCUGCCCAGAUCAUCUUCUUUUGAGCAGCUCAAUAAUGGAGAAGAGCCUGACCUAUCAUGGGUGCAAUCUCUUGUGAAGGAAUCUCCAACCGAGAUGAAAGAGAAGCAGGCCGCUCCUAAUUCAGUUGCUGCACCAUCCGGUGAGAAGAGUUUGAAAAACAGUUCCCAAAUUGAUUCAGUUGAUCAUUCAGUUUUAGGAGCUUGGCUCGAGCAGAUGCAACUUGAUCAGCUUGUCGCCUAGCGAGAUAAGACACUAUUAACUCAUUUUCGUGUUUAGCCAAACAAAUCAAAUUCAUAGGGUUGGGGGUAGUAUAUAUUGUUUUAUGGUACAACUUUUUGUUUAUGGAGGGGAGGAAAUUUGAGAAAAACAGGGAGAACUUUGCAUAAUGUUUCUAUUCAAUUCUAAUUGUUUAUUUGUUUACAAGCAACAGUUUUUAAGUUUCCUGGGCUGUAUUAAUGAAAACCCAGUCCAGGUUUAUUGAGAUCAUCCUUGUGUUUUUCCAUAAUCCUGAAGGACUUCUUUUUGUUACUCUCAAAUGAAACUAUAUUUUGUAUUGUUUA